AUGGAGGCUGUGGAUGAUGACUUUGAGGAAGAUUUGCCUGUGGAAGAGCCCAAAUCGAAGCCUGAAUCCGAAUCCGGACCCAAAGACAAGGAAAAGGAAAAGGAUGAAGGGUUCAGCGAUGACGAUCUGCCUGCGGAGAAGGAGGAGAAGGCAGAGAAGACCGAAAAGGCCGAAGGAGCGAAGGAGGAUGCGGCGAGCGAAGACGAAGAUUUGCCUGCGGAGAAGGCCGAGAAAACGCCGAAGAAAUCCCCGAAGACGCCGAAAAAGGACGACAAGGACAACAAGGAUGAGAAGGCGAAGAAGGGAAGAAAGGGCAGAAAGGAGAACAAGAAUGUGGGUGGAGGUGGGUUGAUGGACCUGGGUCCAGUAAAGAAGCAUACGAAGAAGAAGGCCCCCGCAAAGAAGUGA